CAUCAGGGCAUCUUUUUAGAAUCCCUGCUUUGGUCACUAUUAUUCAAAGCAACUCCAAUGCCAUUUCUUGCCUGCCUCUUUAUGCUAAUCAGCCUAGCUCCCUCGGCCCCUCCUCCUUCAGCUUCCUUUAAGAACUGUUCACUUUCAGCUGUCACAGAGGGUAACUCAGACCAGGCUUGGAAAUCACUGGAUUUAACUCAGCAGCACUUUUUAAAUUUUGUGUAUCUUAUUCUAGCAGUCCUCUCGAAAUACUAGAGGCAUUAGGUUUCGUGUCAGCAGAUGGGUCAAAACAUUGCCAAAACUGUAAUUGGUUAGAAAUAGUUACUUUGUAGGAUUUUACACUGUAAAGGGGAAAGCUUCAAAGUACUUUGAAAUGAAAGACGAAUUAAGCUGUGCUUUUAUCCAAAUGAAUUGGCAUCUUUGUAUGUAGGGGAAGUUAUAUUGGUCAAUAUUUAUUUCAAGAACCAUGACUAGAAAGCACUUGGAAGUUUAUUAGAGAAGUAAAUGUUUUACACUCAAGGACAGGAUCUGCAUGUACCUCUGUGGCUCUGGGUGUCUGGUGAAGACCAUUUUAGGUGACUAACCAGGGGAAGGAAAUGUCCUAGUGAUACUGGAACCACAGCCGUAUUGCCAGCACCAUGUCUACUGCACAGAGAAAAGACAGCAGGCACCUGUUUAACAGUUUUUAUACCUGUAAACUGAAGCUUCCAGAAGACCAGCGACAGCAAGAAAAAUCUGUCAUUGCUCAGCCAAUAUUUGUUUUUGCAAAGAGAGAACAAACUUUUAAGAGACCUGCAGAAGACACCCUGUACGAAGCAGCAGAACAUGAGUCUAAUGGUUUUCUGAGAAAGCGCGUACGGUCUUCAUCUUUUACUUUGCAUACUACACAUCUUCAGUCUCAAGGAGCAUCAACCUUGUCUCAGAAUCGAAUGAGAUCAUCAUCCUUCACUGACCUCCCGACCUUUCCUCCUUCUGGACCAGUGAAGAAAAACAAUGUUUUUAUGACAUCAACUCAUGUGCAAAGGAAUGUUGAUAUGAACAGUGCAGAACAAGAUCCCGUGAAACAUUCCGAACAUGUUCUAAGACCUGCUAUUUUGCAACCACCUCAAGUUCAAAGGUGUGAAAAAGCAAGAAAAACAUUUGGACACGAUACCUUGGAAUCCUGCAAGAUUAAAGACAAAACAAAAAAUAAGAUUUCUGAGGGGAGCUCCUGUUUGCUAGGUGAAAAAUUACCCAGCACCAGAAUUUCAGUCCUGCUGACUACGAAACAGAAUUGUUUAGGUGCUACAUCAGUAGGAUGUCAACCAAAUGAAGAGAAGUAUUCUUUUAAAAGCUGCAGUUCUGAUUUCGUGUUUGGAGAAAACAUGGUAGAAAGAGUUUUGGAUAUUCAACAUCUCACCCAAUCUCAACCUGAAAAUGAUUCAUACACCAAGGAACAACCAUUCAAAUCCAUACUAGAAUUUCCUGUCAACUCUCUAAAUUCAAACUCUAUUAAAAAUAUAUCCCUAAUCGAAUCAGCUGCUGCUUUCUCUUCUAAGCCAUCACCCAAAUGCUUGCUGCAGAAAAUUGAUGUUGUAACAGGGGAGGAAGCUGAACAUAAUGUGUUGAAGAUCAACUGCAAGCUUUUUAUAUUCAACAAAACAACACAGUCCUGGACUGAAAGGGGCAGAGGAGCUUUGAGGCUGAAUGACACAGCAAGCAGUGACUGUGGAACAUUCCAGUCGAGACUAAUUAUGCGCAAUCAAGGCAGCCUGAGGCUGAUUCUCAAUAGCAAACUCUGGGCUCAAAUGGAGAUUCAAAGAGCGAACCACAAAAAUUUACGAAUAACAGCUACUGAUUUAGAAGACUAUAACAUCAAAGUGUUUUUAAUUCAGGCCAGUGCCAAAGAUACAGGGUAUCUGUACGCGGCAAUACAUCAUCGGCUCGUUGCACUUCGAAGCUUUGGUAAACAGGAAGAUGUAAACCAAGCGGAAAGCCAGUCAGAUACAAUCCUCCAACAAUUAAACUGUGAAAGCUGUGAUGAGGAUGAGGAUGAUUUCAUCAAAGCAACUAAGAAUAGAUCAGAUCCUUCGAGGUGGACCCACAGACAGUCGGUUGCCUGUUCAUGAGCACUAUCUACUAUAAAUGUGACAACAUCUACAAAAAGAUUGAUCACCUUACUGAAAAUCCUAAAUCAUCUUAAGUAAAUGAGAAGAUCCUAUUCAUCCCUUGAAGAGUUUUUAUAGCAAAGUUCAUAAAACAUAAUUUGUUGCAAUUAAAAUUUUUCUCUUAUGUAGUCAAAUAAUUGUAAGGUUUUACAUUUUGAUUAUUGUGGAGAAAAUGAAAGAAUUUAAGAAAUGCAUGGACUUAGGAAGUUCAAAAUUUAUCAUUUUUGAAGAGGUAAUUUAGAAUAGGGUUUGAUAACUAAUUUGGACUAUUCAUCACAUUGGUGGAUAUCAUAGUUAAAAUAAAUUUCUAGAUUUGAUAAAUAUCUAAGAUAUUUAUUUUUUCAGUCAUACACUGUCUGGUCAUAAAACAAACAUUUUAAAGAUUUCCAGUCAUUUCUUCAAAAACACUGUAACUGCAUGCUAACAUUUGAUUAAGUCGUGUUUAUUUUCUGGGAAAUGAGUAUUUUCAUUUAACCUUUGGAUUUACUAAUACUAUAAGAUUAUAUAUUCAUGGUAUGAAUUUCUUUAAAUUUAGUAUUGUUCUUGGACCUGUAUCCAUUGUACCUUGUAUAUGGUUGAUUCCAGGUCAGCAUCCAAUAGUUGUUGAAGGGAUGAACAAAAUACAUUACCUAUGUAACAAAACAGUAAGUAUACAAAAGUAAAAUAUGUUAACUCGUUCUUUGCUUUAUGUAAUUAAAUUGUCAUUAAUAUUUUA